UGAAAACUUUUGGGGAUGGAGAAGACGCCUCGAGUUUAUCCCAAAAUGAGGUUAAUAGGACAGGAAUAAAUAGGACACGGCGGCAUUUGUACUUGACAUGGACUGAGUGCGCAGAAAUUCUCUUAAUAAUAUCUGCUGUAUAGCGGGGGUGGUGGUGAGGCAGCAUGGCUGAAGGGGAGGACUGCUCCACCAUCGCUGAGUGGAAGGAGAGAUGCAUCACCUUGGAGACGCUCCUCUUCAAGUUCCGGGAGCAGAUCAUGAAAAUCAGGCAGCUCACUGCCGAGAAGCUGCACCAGUUGGAGACUCAGGUGUUGGAGGCUGAGAGGAGAGCUUAUGAAGCCAACCAGCAGGCCCAGUGGAUGGAGGAGCGUCUGAAGGCAGCGGAUGCUGGGAGUGCUGGAGACUCAGAGCUGCACCUCUUCAAGCGCUGCCAAGAGCUGCAGUCCCUGCUGCAGGAGAAAGACGACCACAUCGGCCUACUGGAGAGCCAGCUGGAGGAGCAGAAGCAGAUCAGAGCUCAGGAUGCCAAGACGGUGGAGGAGAAAGCGGCCAAGAUCAAAGAAUGGGUGAUGGUCAAACUCAGAGAGUUUGAGGUGGAGAACACUACUCUGAGGGAGACAAACCAGCAACAAGCUGAUCAGAUACUGGCCUUGCAGAAACAACUACAAGUUGUAGAGCAGAUGAGGUCAGCCACCUCUCUCCAUUCUCGUCCUGGCGAGGCCCACCGUCUCAGCAGCCUGACGUUCGGCUGUUUCCAGGUGCGGGGGAAGAGCCCUCAGGUGAUGACGGGACCCCAGUCCCCCCAGCGGCCCAUCUGCAGCGAGCCCCCGCUGCCCCGCAGCCCAGAGUGCAGACCCGCACCAGAACGGGACCUCCCUGAUGUGCCAGGAUCCUAUGCAGAGGAUCCCUCCGGUGCCUCUCCUGAGGUGCGUGCGGAGGGCGAGCCCGUCAGAGGCGCCGGCGGUGGCGGUGGCGGUGGAGCCUCUCCCCCCCGCGGAGGUGGGGACUCCUUAGGCGCGUCCCGCCCCGGCAGCGAGGCCUACAUGACGGCGUCGGACGACAGCAGCUCGCUCUUCGACGAGGACAUGCAACGCGCAGAGUACCCUGCCCUCCUGCUCCACCCCCGCUGCCUACGCCCCGGCGCCGCCUGUGAGGAUGACGACGACGAUGAAGAAGACGUCGCCUCCAGCACCCGCACCAACGGCAUGGCGGCGGGCCUAGUGGGCCCCACCUCCCCUGACGACCUGAGCCGACGCUUCCAGUCACAGCGCCUGGACUCGUCCUCCUCGUCCUCUGGAGACGCUGCUCCGCCGGCCACCCCCAGCCCCUGCCUGACGCCCGCCCUCACCCCCAAGCGGCCCACGCCCAGCCGGGACCCCAGCGUCGACAAGGCGCCCCCCAAGCAGCCUCGCUUACGCACCCCUGCCGCCGGGUCUGCUGCCGCGGCGAUGGGGGGCCCCGGGCUGGCCAAGAGGCACCUCAGCCAGCCCAUGCCCCCGCCACCCCCCUUGUUACUGGGCAUUGAGCUGAGGGGGGACGGGAACACACACAACACGCACAACAAACACACCAGAAAUGCCAUCAGCAUGCUGCGGCCGCCACGUCUGCAGGAGACAGACCUGGACCAGGAGCAGGAGCAGGAGGAGGAGAUGGAGACACAGGGUGGAGAACAGGAGAAGGAGGAGGUGCAGGGUCAGGGGAAAGAGGAGGAGGAGGAGAAGGGAGAGAAGGAGGACAGGGAGAAGAGAGUAGAGCCCGGCUCUCCCGAAGUGCCCUCCAAGGCAGCAGCCAUCAUGGACACUGAUGGGAUUCAGUCCCUCAACAAUUCAGUGCCUGCCAACAAGCCACCGACACCACCACUGCACCGUUUCCCCUCAUGGGAGAGUCGGAUCUACGCAGUAGCCAAGUCUGGCAUCAGUCUGUCCGAAUCAUCUUGCACAGAUAUUGCCAACAAAGACCCAAGUCUGAAGUCCUCCUAUCCAGCCGUCCUGCUGUACUCAUCACUGAUCCACAAGGACAUGAACAUGCCUACCUAUGCCACACUCAAAGGGAGGGCCACCCUGCUCAGCAGUGAGCUGUCGGAUGAGUGCUGCAGCUCCUCGGAGGAGGAGAGCAGUGAGGAGUCCUGUGUCUCCGCCUCGGAGGACGGCUCCCUGCGCAGCUCACACACCUCAGAGUCCAGCUCGCACAAGGGCAGCCCCCGCACGCUCAAGAGAGCGGUGUCCAUGUCCUCCAUGACAUCUGAGAGUGACUACGCCAUCCCUCCUGAUGCCUACUCCACAGACACCGAGUGCUCCGAGCCAGAACACAAGCUCCCCAAGACCUCCUCACCAGCCUGCGAUGCCGGCAAGAAUGAGUCAAUGGAGAAGUCUGGCUACCUGCUGAAGAUGGUGAAGACAUGGAAGAAGACGUGGAAGAGGCGGUGGUUUGUCCUGAAGGACGGAGAACUGCUCUACUACAAAUCGCCAAGUGAUGUCAUUCGUAAACCUCAGGGUCAGAUUGAACUCAGUGCAUCCAGUAGCAUCAGCCGUGGUGAUGGGAAACAAAUGCUACAGGUGGUGACGGGUAAGCGUGUGUACAGUCUAAAGGCGGACUCUCCUAACCUGCUGGAGGAGUGGCUGCGGGUGCUACAGAGCGUGCUCCGGGUGAAGGCUGCCAGCCCCCUCUUCACACAGCCGGACGCCCGGCCCGCCAUGAAGGGACACAUCACCAAGGUCAGACAUGGCUACAGCAAGCGUGUGUGGUGUGCCCUCUUUGGAAAGACGCUGUACUACUUCCGCAGUCAAGAAGACAAGUUUCCUCUUGGCCAGAUCCGUCUGUGGGAGGCUGGUGUGGAGGAGGUGGAUCGGUCCGGUCCGGACGCGGAGCAGCACAAGUGGCCACCACCGGAUGCCAAGACCUCUUCCACCACCUGGACACUGUCAGUCCAGCCGCCCGGACAGGGACCCACAUACCUGCUCAUAGAGUCUCAACAGGAGAAGGUGGCAUGGCUGUACCAUCUGUCAGUGGCGGCAGGUGCCAGCGUUGGUCAAGUUGGCACAGAGUUUGAGCAGCUAGUGGGGAAACUCUUCAACGUAGAUGGAGACCCUGGUUCUCAGAUCUGGAGGCAUCCAGUGUUGUGCUUCAGUAAGGACGCCCUCAGCUCCCCCCUCACCACCCUCCCAUCCAAAGCCCUGCAGACAGAGGCAGUCAAACUCUUUAAGACAUGUCAGCUGUUCAUCAAUGUGGCCAUAGACGCCCCGGCCAUCGACUACCAUGUGUCCCUGGCCCAGAGCGCUCUACAGGUGUGCCUGACACACCCCGAGCUGCAGAAUGAGUUCUACUGUCAGCUGAUCAAGCAGACCAGGAAGAGACAGCCACCGGGACAGCCAGGCCCCCUGCAGGGUUGGCAGUUUUUGGCGUUGUGUGUUGGCCUUUUUAUGCCCCAACACCCCUUCCUUUGGCUCCUGCAAGUACACCUAAGCAAGCAUGGAGACUCCAGGACGGAGGUGGGGAAGUAUGCCAUCUACUGCCAGCGUUCCCUGGAGCGUACGCAGCAGCGGGGGGAGCGUCAGGCGCGGCCGUCCAGGAUGGAGAUCCUCUCUCUGCUGCUCCGCAACCCCUACCACCACUCCCUGCCCUUCAGCGUACCUGUUCACUUCCUCAACAACACCUACCAGGUGGUCAGUUUCGAUGCCUCCACUACCGUUGAGGAGUUCCAGAGCCGCCUGAACCAGGACAUCUGCAUCAGGAAAACCAGCCAAUCAGGAUUCAGCCUCUUCUCCGACGACCCUGCAGGACAAGAGCUGGAACACUACCUGCAGGGAGGACUAAAGAUCUGUGACAUCAUUGCCAAAUGGGAAGAGGCUUUCAAGCACACAGGCAAAUCAGAGACGUCCAAGAGUGUACGCUUUACAUACAAGAACAGGCUGUACUGCUCCCACCAGGCGAGGGGGGAGACAGAGAGGGAGCGCCUGCUGCUGGCCUAUCAGACCAAUGAUGAGAUAUUCGCCGGACACUUUCCAGUCAACAAGGAACUGGCUUUGGAGAUGUCUGCCUUACUCGCUCAGGUGGAGUUUGGGGACUUUGAGCGUCCGUUCUCCCCCGCCGGGUCUGCUGGUUCUCAUGUCAAGUCCAGCCAGACCCUCAAGCAGGUGCUGGAGCGCUUCUACCCCAAGCACUACAGACGGGCCUCCUCAGAGGAACAACUCAGGCAGCUGAAUCAGCGUCUGUCAGGCCGCUGGGCGUCUCUCAGGGGUCGGAGUGCGCCGGAGUGUGUGCGGAUUUACCUCACCGUAGCGCGCAAGUGGACUUUCUUCGGGGCCAAACUCUUCGAUGCCGAGCCCAUCUCUCCAUCCUCUCUACCGAGUGGACGUGUUUGGUUGGCAGUACAUGAGGAGGGGAUCAGUGUACUGGAGUUUAAUUCUAUUAAACUGCUGGUGUCACAUCCUCUGAGGACGAUCGUGUCCUUUGGGGCGAGUGGUCAGGACUUCAUGCUGGUGGUCAGCAAAGCCAACGGGGGAAACACCUGCAAGGACAAGCCCACAGAGAAGCACCUGUUCUCCAUGACCGUGUCAAAGUUACGGGAGCUGACCCUCUUGAUCGCGGCCUACACUAACUCCGCCCACCAGCAGAAGUCAGCUGCCCACCAUCUCUCCGCCCCCGCCCUCUUGUUGGCACAGUCUGACCUGAAGACCCGGGAGCUGUGCUCCAUGUCACCCCCAAACCCUGCAUCCUCCAGGCCCAGCAAGGCCCCCACCCUCCUGUAAGACUGCCAGCAGAGGGCCCUGUAGUGUAUACACAACAACAUAGGUACUGGACAUGGACAUCAAUGCAAAAAAAAAAAAACAUAGAUACAAAAAAAAGACUUCUCUGCGUUCAUACACGAAGAACCAUUAAGUCCUAUACCAGAAAAAAAAACAUUUAAAAAUAUAAAGUCAUACAGUCACACACAUUUUGACGCACCUUUUCACAGUUUUACACAAAAAUGGCCUUGAUAGCACGGUGUUGUUCAUUCCAACUUAUAGUGCAUUAAGUUUACUUUUUGGCCAGUACAGGCUUUAGGCAUACUAGAUACAUGUGUAUCACUAUUGGGUUGAUAUUUUGUGAGGGUUGGUGGUGAGUUGAUAUUCUGUGUGGCCGUGAGAGAGCGAUUGCUAACCAAUCCUAUGUUAUUGUUAUUGUUUUAUGGGGUGUUGCUUCACGCAAGUCUUGAUUAGUGCCAAAGACAUUCCCACACCCACACAUGGCCUUAAAGGGACUGAACAGCUCAGUGAAGAACUUCUCAUUUCUUUCGUUCUCUGUUUUCUUUCUUCUCUUGUUUUUGUCUGUCUCCCUUACCGCACUUAUUCUCAGUUUAAAAGACCAAAAUAAGACGUUUUGAUCUUUUGACCAUAUUGUGAUUUGCAAAGUGCUUUGACACGGCCCCAACAAGCAUGUUGUAUUGAUUUACUGGAUAGAUUUUAAAAUAUGUAUUACAGUUACCAGCUAGUAGAACUUGCACAGUAAAAUAAGCAGUGUUCAUUCAACACUAUUCUCAGAAUAUGCGGUCCCAAUCACUUCAACUCUUUGAUUGUAUUAACACUCAAAGUUGUACUCAACACUGUUUUAGAGCAUAUAUGCUUUCACUGUGUCAAUUCAACAGAGUUGAAUUAACACUAAAAUCAGCAUCCAUAUAUUCUGAGACUAGUGUUGAAUUACCACUGCACUUUUUGCUGUGUGGUUUAAUGAAGACCUCAGACAACAAGGUGUCAACAAGUGCCAACUCGAGAAUGUGUGUGUUUUGUUCUCGAGUUUUGUAGGGCCAGUGUUGAGAUGAAUUACACGCAUCCCUUUGCAUAGGGUAUUAAAUAACCAAAAUAUACAGAGAUUCAUAAAUGUGAGAUUAUAUGGAAAUAUAUGCCUGAUGUGUAAUUUAUUACUACAAUGAUGUAGCACGUAGAUUUGUAAGAUACUUGCUUUUGUUUGAAGUACAGUAAAUGUCUAUGGUUUGCCGAGAGUAUUACUAAAGGCUAAGGUGAAGUAAGGACAGGAUGGAGCAGAGAACUCUCCGGUGGAGUGAAAUGUGUGUGUGUGUGUGUGUGUGUGUGUGUGUGUGUGUGUGUGUGUGUGUGUGUGUGUGUGUGUG